ACGCUAGCGUACUGCGUCACUUCCUGUUUAUCGUCAUCCGGAGGCUGAUUUACCCCUGUAUUUAUUCUAUCAAUAUUUGGUUUUAUGCUCUUUUAAAUUAAAAGCACGAUUUUUGCUAAGCAGAUUAUUUUUAUUCUUGGAAAUAAACAAUGUCGCUUUCAACGGCGCGAUCGUUUCUUUCAGAGGCUGGUUACGGAGAGCAGGAACUUGAUGCUAAUUCUGCUCUCAUGGAACUGGACAAAGGGUUGCGGUCCGGCAAGCUGGGGGAACAAUGUGAGGCUGUGGUUCUCUUUCCGAAGCUCUUCCAGAAGUACCCGUUCCCCAUUCUCAUUAAUUCUGCCUUUCUUAAACUGGCGGACAUUUUCAGGCUGGGGAAUAAUUUCCUACGGCUCUGCGUGCUGAAGGUCACACAGCAAAGUGAAAAGCACUUGGAGAAGAUUUUAAAUGUGGAUGAAUUUGUGAAGAGGAUUUUCUCAGUCAUUCACAGUAAUGACCCAGUUGCCAGAGCCAUUACUCUGAGAAUGCUGGGCAGUAUGGCCUCCAUCAUCCCUGAAAGAAAGAAUGCCCACCACAGUAUUCGCCAGAGCCUGGACUCGCAUGACAAUGUUGAAGUGGAAGCUGCCAUAUUUGCUGCAGCAAGUUUCUCUGCACAGUCCAAAGAUUUUGCCGCUGGAAUCUGCAAUAAAAUUGGCGAGAUGAUCCAAGGCCUGGACACUCCGGUGGAACUGAAGCUGAAGCUGAUCCCCAUAUUGCAGCACAUGCACCACAACGCUGGGCUGGCCUCCAGCAGCCGGCAGCUCCUGCAGCAGCUCGUCACCUCCUACCCCUCCACGCAGAUGGUCGUGGUUACCCUGCACACCUUCACCCAGCUGGCCACUUCAUCGCUCAUUGACAUCCCCAAGCAGAUUCAGCUGCUACUCCAAUACCUGAAGGAGGACCCCAGGAAGGCAGUCAAGAGGCUCUCCGUCCAUGACCUGAAGUUACUGGCUAGAAAGGCUCCCCACCUCUGGACGAAAGAGAACACUCAGGCCAUGUGUGAAUGCGCGCUCAGCAUCCCAUACAACAACCUGAAGUUGGGCAUGCUGUCUGUGCUCUCCACCCUCUCCGGCACCAUUGCCAUAAAGCAGUACUUCAGUCCUGGUGCAGGCAGUGCUCCGGCCCCAUCCAGAACCACUGAUUUGGUCAGGCUGGCUCAGGAAUGCUGUUACCACAGCAACCUUGCUGUGGCUGCCCACGGAGUGACUGUGCUUUCCAACAUCGCCAUUUCCUGUCUGGAGAAAGACUUGCUGCAGCUGGAGCAGGACACAGUCCUGGGUGUGGAGGCCUUGCUGGUGCUGUGCAGCCAGGAUGACGGCUCCCGGGCACAGGCCAUCCUGAAGACGGCCCUGGCCUCACUAGUGAAGCUGCUAAAAUCACGGCCUCACCUCAGCCCCUCGGCCGUGGAGCUGCUACUCUGCCAGUUGCGCUCGGCCCGGGACGGUGCCCGCGUGCUGCUCUGCCACGCCCUGGCUGCUAUCGCCAUGCAGCAGCCUGUCCUGGGGGAGGCCAUGCUGGGGGACCUCGUGGACCUGUACCGGGUCGCUGGCUCCUCCUCUGGCUCCGGCAAGCAGCAGGAGCUCCUGGUCUCCCUGGCGACCGUGGUAUUCGUGGCUAGCCAGACGUCGCUGUCGGCCGAGGUGAAGAUGGUGAUCAAACAGCAGCUGGAGAAGGUGGCCAACGGCUGGACGGUGUACCGCGUGGCGCGCCAGGCCUCCCGCACGGGCUGCCACGAGUUCUCCGGGGAGCUGUACCAGAGCCUGCGCACGCGCGUGGCCUCCGAGCACUUCUACUUCUGGCUGAACGCCCUCAAGGAGUUUGCCCGGGCUGAACAGUGCCUGAGUGGCCUGGAGGAUGGAGACUACAGCGGGGCCAUGAGCGCCAUUGCCGAGGCGCUGCGGGCUUACCAGAAGGGCAUCGCCUCCCUCACGGCAGCCAGCACCCCCCUGAGCCCACUCACCUUCCAGUGCGAGUUUGUGAAGCUGCGCAUUGACACGCUGCAGGCCCUCUCGCAGCUCAUCUGCACCUGCAACAGCCUGAAGACCAGUCCGCCACCUGCCAUCGCCACCACCAUCGCACUCACCUCGGGCAACGAGCUGCAACGCUGCGGCCGCGUUUCGACACAGAUGAAGCUAUCCAUGGAUGAAUUUAGGAGCCUUGCGGGCUGCUACGCUGACCUGUACCAGUCCUCGUUUGAUGCAGAUCCCGCCACUCUGAGAAACGUGGAGCUACAGCAACAGAGCUGCCUGCUAAUCUCUCACGUUAUAGAGGCGCUCAUUCUCGAUCCACACACUGCCAGCUUCCAGGAGUACAGUGUCUUGGGCUCGGUCCAGGCUGAGAGUCGGUAUGAGCAGAGGAUGAUGUCCGUCUUCAGCCGUGUCCUGGAGGAAGUGGAGACGCUCAGCAGGAAGCACCCCCCUGUGUCGUACCUGCAUACAGGCUGUCUCUGUGACGCCGUAAUUGCAUCGCUCAAGGUCCCACUGUCCUUCCAGAGGUAUUUUUUUCAGAAACUUCAGUCCACUAGUAUCAAGCUUGCCCUUUCGCCUUCCCCUCGGAGCCCAAAUGAACCAAUCCCUGUUCAGAAUAACCAGCAGCUGGCACUUAAGGUGGAGGGCGUGGUCCAACAUGGAUCUGCGCCUGGCCUGUUCCGGAAAAUUCAGUCCGUUUGUCUCAAUGUCAGCUCCACCCUGCAGAGCAAGUCAGGACAGGAGUACAAGAUUCCUUCUGAAAACAAGACCAAUGAGAUUGAACAGAGGGUGGAGCCUCACAACGAUUAUUUCAGCACGCAGUUUCUUCUCAACUUCUCCAUACUGGGCAGCCACACAGUGACCGUGGAGGCAUCUGUUGUGGACUGCAGUGGGAUUGAGUGGAAGACCGGACCAAGGACAACCAUGGUCAUAAAAUCCCUGGAGGAUCCCUAUUCCCAACAGCUGCGCCACCAGCAGCAAUCACAGCAGGCUGUGCCCCAAGCAGGCCCACAGAGGAGUGUGUAUGCCCGUUUCCAGUGAGCUUUUUGCGGUGUUGCCUGACGUCCAGGAAAAGCUGACUGAGGAGGGGCCGCGUGUGUCUGUGUGUGGUCAUGGAAAUGAAGAUGCAUAACACAUGACUGUUAUAUAUUUUUAAUGCCCAAUAUUCCUCAAAUUAAACUGGAAUUUAACUAGCAUACGUAAGAAAUACAUAAUUUAAAAAGUUAAUAUUGGUCUUUUUAAUUUGACGUAUUAAGGUCAUUGGUUUAGUACUGUAACAUAGCUAAUAUUUUAUCUUUAAUAGGACUUUAUUUCACAUUUUAUAUAAUUUUUGCAAUCACAUUACUUAAAUAGUAUUGAACUUAUAGCUUUUCAUAGCUUCUUUUGGUUAGUAGCUUUUUUCAGUGGCAAUAUAGUGCAUCAUGGAAAGAUGGAGAGAAAACAGCGCAGUUACCAAGAAACUGAUUCACUGUUGUGUAAUUGUGGAAAUGGGAUUUGUGUGCGGUGAGCAGUGCAGUAACCUAUUCCUAAAAUCCAGGAUUUGGGAACCCAGUGCAUUCUUGAACAUGAUCCCUCCCCCUGUUAAUCUUCACGCAGAAAUAAAUGAAAUUUAACUAGA